AAGAGGAAGAAGAAGAAGCAGCGGCAGCCUCGGGCGGGAGAGGAAGGAGGCUCAGGCUGGCGUCCCUUCCCGUUAUAUUUGGUCAUUUCUACCCUUGAGUAUACACCAUAUCCUCUCUAAGCCCGUAAUCAAGUAAAAUGGAGUGAGGAACAUCUGUGUGCAUCGUGUUGGCAGCGGUGAUCUCUUGGUGUGGAGGAGAGGAGCGUUUUGCGGUGGGCAGCGGAAGGGAGGAAGGCGCCUGGCAGGGUGGCGAGGAGGAGCAGGAAGGAACAUUUUUGGAUGAAAGUCUGAAACGGAGAGAAAAAUAUCUGAAGUGACGAGGAACCCCAGAAAACCAAUGUGUGGGGACCUGAUAAGCGAUACAAAGCACCAGAAGAGGAAGGAGGAGGAGGGCAGGAAGGUGGGUUUCAGCACGGCGUGUGUCCCCUCCACAACAGUCUUGGUGGAGCGCAGGAAACGAAGAGAGAAUAGCAACUAAAAGCAAGAAACAAACCCAGAAAACCAAACUGUGAGGACCCAAGAAGCGGCACAAGGCGAAGGAGGAGGGAGAAGAAGAAAAAGAAGAAGGAAGUGGAGGAGGAGGAGGGAAGGAAGGCGGGUGGCAGGACGGCGUGUGUCCCUUCCACAACACGUCUCCCAGCCUCUACAAAGCUCCCGAGAGGUGUGAGAAGCCCUUGGGAGUGGCGGCGGACGCAGAGGUCUUGUAAUAUCGAUAAAGAGAGCGUUGUGUUUGUGCCAGAGGAGGAAGGAAGGCGGCUGGCAGAGUGACGAAGAUCAGGAAGGAACGAAGAGAGAAAGAAUAACAAAAGGCAACGAAGAAACCCAGAAUACCAAAGUGUGAGGACCUAAGAAGUGAUACAAGGCGUCAGAGCCCUUCAGAAGCAGAAGGAGGAGGAAGAGAAAGGAAGGGCCCUGGCAGGGUGGCGUGUCCCUCCUCCACGGCACGUCUCCGCCUCUCCUAAGCUCCCCGGAGGUGUGAUAAGCCCCAGUGGGUGGUGGUGGAAGCAGAGACCUUCAAUCAUCAGUAUUGAGCACCCCAGGGGAGAAGAGGGGCAGGAGCAGGAGCAGGAGCAGGGAGAGGGCGGGGGUGCCGUGUGUGCAGCCAGCAGGAUGGUGGGGGUGCGUGGCAAGGUGUCAGCAGAAUGGAAGAAGAGGGUCAAGCUGGAGUACACCCGCCUCAGGUCGCUCAAGAGGUUCAAGCGAGCAGACGAGAUCAAGGCGGCGUGGAACGACAACCGGAGCAAGCUGAAUGAACUACUGGAGCAGGAAGACCAGACCAUCAUCGGUAUGGGGCCGGUGUGGGUGUGCUCGGUGGAGGCGCCGGCACACCAGGCUGUCAUGAGGCGCACACACGUCACGUCCUCCUGCAGUGAGCCGCUGUCCGUGCCCAUCAAGACCAUCAACGCCAUCAACCCCAUCCCAACCAUGUACACCUGGGCACCGCUGCAGCAGAACUUCAUGGUUGAAGAUGAAACCGUCCUCCAUAACAUCCCCUACAUGGGAGACGAAGUGCUGGACCAGGAUGGCAAGUUCAUUGAAGAGCUGAUUCGCAACUACGACGGGAAGGUUCAUGGAGACAGGGAGACGGGCUUCAUCGACGACGAGAUAUUUGUGGAGCUGGUUGACACCCUGGUUCAGCAGUAUCAGAUGAAGGAGAGUGUGAAGGACAAAACAGAGAAGAAGGUAGCUGGGAAAAAAGAAGCAAAGACCAAAGACAAGGAGGAUGAAGAUGAAGAGGAGGAAGAAGAAGAGCAAGAAGAGGAGGAGGAGGACGAAGAAGACAGUAUUACCAACAAAGAGGACGACUAUUGGGAGGGAUCCAGCAUCAUAGGAACACGAGACUUCCCAUGCUUCGCCAUCUUCCAGGCUGUGUCGGCUCUCUUUCCUGACAAGGGCUCGGCCGAUGAGCUGAAAGAGAAAUACAUAGAGUUGACUGAUCCCACUGCGCUGCCCCCCGAGUGCACCCCCAACAUCGAUGGUCCCAGCGCCGAGAGUGUGCCGCAGGAGCAGACCAUGCACUCCUUCCACACCCUCUUCUGCCGCCGCUGCUUCAAGUACGACUGCUUCCUGCACCCCACCAAGGGAAGCACAGACGCCCCAGGCUUGGCCACAUCCCAUCCACGACCUCAUGGCGGCAAGAGGAAGAGUCCUGACCUCAGGUCCCUCACAGAGCCCUGCUCCCCCUUCUGCUACCUGCACUUGCCAGAUGCCAAAGAAAAGAUGGCCGUCGCUGCCUCCUCCUUAUCGUCAGAAAAAGUCAAGGAGGAAAAUGAGUCUUCUAAUGAGGGUAAGCCGCGCAAGAUCCGCAAGCACGCCUCGGUGGACUCUGGCAAUGAGGCGAGCUCUGAGGACAGCAACGACAGCAUUCGCAUGAACAGCAGGAAGGUGGAGAAGUCGCUGUCAUCAUGCGGCGUUGACUUUGACUGCAAAACCUCGGUCCUGGUGAAUGGCAACAGCAACGGCGCCCUGGGAAGCAUUCACAGCAAGCGUGUGAUGGGUGUGGACGGCGACAUCGUGCGCACCAACAACAAGUACGUCUACACCAAGCCUCUGAGCUCCGACAGCCUGGUGGAGAAGCUGAUGGACACGACGGAGCCCGGCAACCUUAGCACAUGGCUGGGCUCUGAGGCGUCCAUGUUCAGGGUCCUCCACAAGGUGUUCCUCAAUAACUACUGUGCCAUUGCUCAAGCCAUCCUCACCAAGACUUGCCAGCAGGUCUACUACUUCGCACAAAAGGAAGCCACUGACCUACCCGCCGACGCCAGCAUCAAGGACAACACUCCGCCCCGCAAGAAGAAGAAAAAGCAUCGCCUCUGGUCCAUGCACUGUAGGAAGAUUCAGCUGAAGAAGGAUUCGUCAAGCAAUCAUGUGUACAACUACUCCCCGUGUGAUCACCCCAACCAGCCGUGUGACCAGAACUGUGCUUGUGUCAUGACUCAAAACUUCUGUGAAAAGUUUUGUAACUGCAGCCCAGAUUGUCAGAAUCGCUUCCCUGGGUGCAGGUGCAAGGCCUCCUGCAACACCAAGCAGUGCCCGUGUUUCCUGGCCGUGAGGGAGUGCGACCCUGACCUCUGUGUCACCUGCGGGGCUCAUGAAUUCUCCAUCAGUAAAAUAACCUGCAAGAAUGUUUCAGUUCAGAGAGGACUGCACAAGCACCUCCUCAUGGCUCCGUCUGAUGUGGCUGGCUGGGGCAUAUACCUCAAGGGGUCUGCCCAGAAGAAUGAGUUUAUUUCCGAGUACUGCGGUGAAAUAAUAUCUCAAGACGAGGCUGAUCGACGUGGCAAAGUGUAUGACAAGUACAUGUGCUCCUUCCUGUUCAACCUCAAUAAUGAUUUUGUGGUUGAUGCAACUCGGAAAGGGAACAAGAUUCGGUUUGCCAACCACUCAAUCAACCCAAACUGUUAUGCCAAAGUCAUGAUGGUGAACGGCGACCAUCGCAUCGGAAUAUUUGCCAAGAGACACAUUCAGUCGGGGGAGGAACUCUUCUUUGACUACAGAUAUGGACCAACAGAACAGCUUAAGUUUGUGGGCAUUGAAAGAGAAAUGGAAUUUCUUUAAUUGCCAUCUUGAAGCUGUUCAUUAUAAAUCUACAAUUCCAGUCUAUGUUCUAUGUUGACUGUCUCACUUAAUAAUAUUUGUAAGUUCUCCCAAAAUGCAGUCUAGAAGCAAAUGGAAUGCAGCUGUUGUCUGAUGAGGAUGUUCAAUAAAAUUUUAAAUAUG